AUGCAGUCGCUAUUCCUAACGGGUCUACCUCGCGUUGGUAAAACCACAUUGAUUACUAAAUUAGUUUCAUAUUUUCAAGAAAAUCAUCCCGAAAUCUCUCUUCGCGGGUUUUACACGGAACAAGUAAUCUCUCCCAUCACUAAAACGAGAAUUGGUUUUGAUGUCAUAUCUUUGGAUGGGAAUCGAGGUAUCUUAGCAAGGAAAGUAGGUAAUCAACCAGAUGGAGUCAAUAUUUCGACGCGAUUUACCGUCGGUGAUUAUUUAGUGGAUGUAGAGGAGUUUGAGAAGUUGGCCAUUCCAACUGUUCAAUUCGAUUUUAACGCGUUUGACGGUGCGAAAGACGAAACGACUGAAUUUGGAUAUAGAAACAAAAAGGUUCUCUUAGUAGUUGAUGAAAUAGGCAAGAUGGAAAGUUUUUCAAAGGAUUUCGAAGAUAUCAUAAGAGACCUGAUAUUUGAAAAGGUGUCUUGUGAAAACAUAAAUACUGAUAAUAAAAAGAAAAAUUGUUGCAUACUUGGUACUGUGGCGUUAAAAUUCAAUGGUGGACUAGCUAGAGAAAUCAGAGAAGCUAGUAGAUUCGAAGAAAAUGUCAAAGUCUGGGAAGUUACUUAUCAGAAUAGGAAUAACAUGGUUGAUCUGGUUAGAGAGCUAGAAAAGAUGUUGGAUAUUUAA